GUGUAAUGGAUCGACGUCACAGAAGCCAGGUCCUGGAUGUUAUGCAUCCAACUAAAGCUGAAAGCAAUGACUGGAGACAUGCUUUCUAUCAUGGAUCUGCAUUUCCAACAAUGUCUAGAAUCUUAAUUUAUGAUGUUGCAUUAAAUUGGCUCCCAUUGUUUCCUCUAUCAGCAAGGAAACAAGUUUAUGAUUCAUUUUUCGUUGAGGGACCUCCAACUGAAAUUGUGCAAGCCCUGGUUCCUGCUCUAAAGCAAAGUGGAACCGAUAGAGAUGCUGAUCUUAAUUCUAUCUGCUUAAAUAUCGAAAGGUUAUUGGUACUAUGCUUGCUUGAGAAUCAGGGAGUGCAUCGCAUAGUUGGAGAGUUUGGACUCCCAUAUUCAAGUGAUGAAUAUGGUGAUGAACUGCUUAAGCCAGACAUGUCAAUGUUCAUAUCUAGGGUGGCACAACUACUUGCAUCGAUUCCUGACAAAGCAAGAUUGGAGGCUUUACCUGCACUUUCGUCACACUUGUUCUUCCAACAAAUUACCAAACAACUUCUGGUUGGAGCAGAAGAAAGAGCUAUGGAACUACUUAAUAAGAAAGAUGCCUCAAAUAGAAAUGUUCUGGAUGGAUCAUUCUUAUUUGUUGGGGAAACAUUUUCCCGGAUUUGUAGACGUGGAUCUACAGAUAUUCUUCUAGUUGAAAUGAUACCUAGGAUUCUUGAUCAUGUUCGUAGCUGCUUGUCGUCAAAUGUUGAUCUUCUAGCUCCUGAACUGAUUGAAUCCAAACCCGAAUCCCUGUUUUGGUUAAACUUGAUGGAAGCAACAAAAGACCAAUAUGCUGUGGAAAGGUUGUCUGAAGAGUUGCUGCGCCAGCUAGCCACCAAAAAUGUAAGUGAUGUUGAAGCUUAUUGGAUGCUUUGGUUGGUGUUUAGUCAGACUUUCAAACGAAAAGCUGCAAUGAGGGCCAUGCUUGUUGAUAAAUUUCUAACCUGGAAAGUGUUUCCUAUCUCUUGCCUGAGAUGGAUUCUUCAGUUUUCUGUUUUUGAAUGCCCACCAAAUGCUGAUACACAAAUGGAAGGUCAAAAGACAUCACAUUUUCUAGUUACAGUGCAACGCCUGGUUAGCAUCUGGUCCAGGCGUGAGUUUGUUCAAUCAUCUCCCAUGGAGCAGCAAGCUUAUGUAACUGCAGCUGUUGGUCUAUGCAUAGAGAGAAUGUCUAAGGAAGAAUUAGAGACGACCAAGGAUGUCUUGCAUUCCAUUCUUCAAGGAGUUAGCUGUAGACUGGAGAGCCCCAUUGAUCUUGUUCGGAAAAUGGCUAGUUCUAUUGCAUUGGUGUUCUCCAAAGUAGUUGAUCCUAAAAAUCCUCUCUACCUAGAUGAUGAUUGCCGUGAGACUGUUGACUGGGGAUUUGGGCUUUUAUCACAAAAGAAAGAGAUAGCAGCUGCUUCUCAUAACAAUGAAACUAUAGAUAAGGAAUCAAAAUUUUCUUUGUCUAAGGAAAAGAAAUGUGCAUCUAAUAGAAAAAAGCAGAAGGAUAUGAAAUAUCAAACCGAUCGCGGUGAUACUGUGAUUUCAGACUUUAGGUUGAUAGAUCCCAAUGAAGUUAUUGAUCCAGCUACACUAAACAGUGAACAUAUCUGGGAUGAAGAGGAAGAAGAUGAUGAAAGCAGGCAUUCUGAGACUUCAAGUGACUCAUCGUUACAACCUUAUGAUCUGUCAGAUGAUGAUGCAGAUUUGCAGAAGAGAUUCUCACAGCUGGGUGAGAUUACUGCAGCAUUACGAAAACCUGAUGACCCAGAUGGUGUGGAAAAAGCACUUGAUGUUGCUGAAAACCUUGUAAGAGCAUCACCUGAUGAACUCCGACAUAAUUCAGGUGAUCUUGUUAAAGCACUUGUUCAUGUACGUUGCUCAGACAUGACAACAGAAGGAGAGGAGGAAUCUGCUGAAGAAAAGAGGCAAAAGGCACUAGUUGCAUUACUUGUCACAUGCCCAUUUGAAUCUUUGGAUGUUCUAACCAAAUUACUAUAUUCACCAAAUGUGGAUGUCGGUCAGCGUAUUCUGAUAAUUGAUGUCAUGAUUGAGGCAGCACAAGAGCUUGCUGACUCUAAGAUUGUAAGAACAAAACAUCAGCAGAGGGAUCUGAUAUCUACAAUUUCUGGAAGUCAACCAUGGUUCAUUCCUAGUAGCAGAGGGCCUCCUGGAGCUGGUCCCUGGAAGGAGGUUGCAGAACCAGGAACGUUUUUAAGCUGGUCUCAUCGUUAUGAGAGAGAACUUCCUUCUAGACCUGGUCAAACAAAGUCGGGAAAAUCACGUAUAUGGAGUCUUCAUAAGGCAAAAGAUUCCCAACUGGAAUUGUCAAAAAAUAGAUUUCCUUUGUAUGCUGCUGCUUUUAUGCUCCCUGCUAUGCACGGAUUUGACAAAAGAAGACGUGGAGUAGACCUGCUUGAUAGGGACUUUAUUGUUCUUGGAAAAUUAAUCUACAUGCUUGGUGUUUGCAUGAAAUGCAUGGCUAUGCAUCCAGAAGCAUCAGCUUUGGCUCCUGCCCUUCUUGAUAUGAUAAGAUCAAGGGAGGUCUCACAUCAUGCAGAAGCAUAUGUCAGGAGAUCUGUUCUUUUUGCAGCUUCUUGCAUACUUGUAGCUCUACAUCCAUCAUAUGUUGCAUCUGCUUUAAUCGAAGGCAAUCAGGAGAUUUCCGUUGGGCUUGAGUGGAUUCGCACAUGGGCCCUUCAUGUUGCUGAAGCUGACCCCGAUACAGAAUGUUCAUCAAUGGCUAUGACAUGUCUCGAACUCCAUGCUGAGAUGGCUCUACAGACAUCUCGAGCACUCGAAUCUGCUGAAAAUUACAAGGCAAGAACACGUCCACUGCCUUCCAAGACAGAUAACAUCAUAAUACCCUUCUCAAACAUGGGAUUUAAAUUUUGAGUUUUAAAUGAUUUGUACACAUGUAAUAACAUCUCAUGAUUAUUUUACUCUUGUUCUCUUCUACACCUCAGCAUCUUAUGCUAGGUUAAGAAAAUCAGAUUCAUCACCCAGAAAUGAAGUGCAAGUGCAUGCACAGACCCA